GUACCAUUUCAGCCUGCUAGUGCAGAAAGAUGUGAAUUCAGUUGCUGUGUGAGGCUGGCCUGGUGCAAACACAUUGCUAGAGAUAUGUUAAAGAGUUCCAGGUGAAUCCGGCUUGAGAGAGACAACAGCAGAACGAUAUGUGUCACAAAGAUGUCCACACGGAACUGCCAGGGGAUGGAUUCGGUGAUCAAGCACCUGGACACAAUCCCUGAAGAUAAAAAAGUCAGAGUUCAGAGAACACAGAGCACUUUUGACCCAUUUGAGAAGCCGGCCAGUCAAGUGAAAAGGGUGCAUUCUGAGAACAAUGCUUGCAUUAACUUUAAGUCCUCCUCUGCUGGCAAAGAGUCCCCUAAAGUUCGGCGGCACUCCAGUCCCAGCUCGCCAACAAGUCCCAAGUUUGGAAAAGCUGACUCCUAUGAGAAACUGGAGAAACUAGGGGAAGGAUCCUACGCAACUGUCUACAAAGGGAAAAGCAAGGUAAACGGGAAGCUGGUGGCUCUAAAGGUGAUCAGACUGCAGGAGGAAGAGGGAACGCCUUUCACGGCCAUCAGGGAAGCCUCUCUGUUGAAAGGAUUGAAGCAUGCCAACAUCGUGCUGCUUCAUGAUAUCAUCCACACCAAGGAAACACUGACGCUUGUCUUUGAAUAUGUGCACACUGACUUAUGUCAGUACAUGGACAAGCACCCUGGAGGACUCCACCCAGAGAAUGUGAAGUUGUUUUUAUUUCAGUUGCUGCGAGGGCUGUCAUACAUCCACCAGCGGUAUAUUUUGCACAGGGACCUGAAGCCGCAGAACCUUCUGAUCAGUGACGCGGGGGAGUUAAAGCUGGCAGAUUUCGGUCUUGCAAGAGCAAAAUCCGUCCCUAGCCACACAUACUCCAAUGAAGUGGUUACCUUGUGGUACAGACCUCCUGAUGUUCUCCUGGGCUCUACAGAAUAUUCCACCUGCCUUGACAUGUGGGGAGUUGGCUGCAUCUUCGUUGAGAUGAUCCAAGGAGUUGCUGCCUUUCCAGGAAUGAAAGACAUUCAGGAUCAACUUGAACGAAUAUUUCUGGAGUUUCCAGAAUUGGACAAGAUGGUUCCUCCACUUCCUGGUCUCACAGGGAUGCGAUCAAAGAAUCUGCUGGAUCUUACAAGUUUAAAUAAGGUUCUUGGAACACCAAAUGAGGACACUUGGCCAGGAGUUCAUUCUUUACCACAUUUUAAGCCAGAGCGCUUUACGGUGUACAGCUCUAAAAGCCUCAGACAAGCAUGGAAUAAGCUCAGCUAUGUAAAUCAUGCCGAAGAUCUGGCUUCCAAGCUUCUACAGUGUUCCCCAAAGAACAGGCUAUCUGCACAGGCUGCCUUGAGCCACGAGUAUUUCAGCGAUCUGCCCCCGCGGCUAUGGGAGCUGACUGAUAUGUCUUCUAUUUUUACCGUCCCAAAUGUGAGAUUGCAACCUGAAGCUGGAGAGAGUAUGAGGGCCUUUGGAAAAAACAAUAGUUAUGGCAAAAGUCUAUCAAACAGCAAGCACUGACAAGCUGACAUUCUCAGGAGAGCACAGGAUUAAGUUGUCAUCAUUCUGGGAAGAAAAAGAAGAAGAAAUAAUAAAAAAAAUAAAAAACACUAAUGAAGUGGCCAGCAGUGCGGGGCUCCUGGAUCAGUUCCCUUCUGCCCCCUGUGGUGGAUUUCACUUACAAGAAAAUUGAAGCUGGCAAGACCCUGUUUUCUCUGCAAUUUAUUUAAAACCUUGCACGCAUUUGGAUACCUUGUGAUUUCCAAGAGCUAUGUGAAGAUUAAGCUUUGCUUACUGAUACAUGGCAUGUAUUCUUUUCAGUCUUUUGUGUUUGAUUCUGUUUGACUUCCCUCUGCUGCACAGUGUCUCUGUGAAGGUUUUUAUGCUUUCACCAGCCAUGUCUUAAAUACAUUAAGACAACACAUUUGGUGUUCACACUUCCUCAGUAAUGUCUGCACUUGAAAGCCACACAGUGGCAUGAAACAAUGUGUGUUUUCUUUGAGAACAGAGUACAUUCUGUAGCCACCAAGAAGGACAUUCUUACUGCUAAAACAAACCCCGUGUUUUCUGACUGACUAGACUGCAUGGUCCCAGACAGUGGGCCCAACCUGUUGCUUACCUUUGAGGACGUUUGGAAAUGUGGGGUUUUCUUUUUAUUGGAAAUGUCCCCACAUUUAUAGGAAACCAGAAUCUGCUUAUCAUUUUCAAUAGCCUGGCUGUUUCUGAGCAGGUUGUGGGUAGAGAAACAAGCACCAAGAACAAAGACAAAGAUGAAGGCUAACUUUUUUUUUUAACCUAUAGAAAACAAGGCAACUUUUUACAUGUGUUCUGAGUCUUGUCUACAUCUUAUUUUUUCCACCAGCUCUGUUAUGCUCCGUGUUUUUUUAACUGGAGAAAAUAGUAAGGAAUAUCUUUCUUAAAACUUGGGUGCAAAUUAAAAAGAAAAAGUCUGUCUGUCAAGGGUUAGUCUUGGAAGCCAUCUUGGCCGAUUAACGCUUAAAAAGCAAAUUUAAAAAUUAUCUAGAGUUAAAAAUUUGCUCACUUACAACAAAGCACCUUUGAAUUAGAUUGCUCAGAAACAUUCCAAGCCGUUCCGAAGUCAUCACUGGGUGCCAGACUUUCAACCAGUCUCCUGCAAUAACUGUUCAAAUUCAGUUCUUAAAAAGCAAUGUGGGAAUUUUGCUUUAAAAUAGAAAUGGCAAAAGAGAACUGGCUUCCCUUUUUUUGAAGGAGCUUGGGAACCUUGGAAGAUGAAGGCAGGUCUGAGUUACUGGGAGAGAGGACUCUAGCAUACAUUGCACCUUGAUCUGUGGGGAGCUACCUAGUGCUGGCCUCUUCCACAGGUAGCCUCACUAUAGAGCCCCAGUAAAGCCGGGUGCAAGGGGCAGUUAGGAAACUUCACAUAAAGCAUGCCUCUUGCACUUCCUGACACAAAUCCCCAUGGAAACGCAUCUGUGCCCAUUGUUCUAUGUUUUACUACUCCAGAGAAAAGAGGAGAAACUAUGAGCUUGAAAUGUGUCACACAGUUUUAGGAUCAAGACAAGGAAUUGUGAUGCAGUUUGACAAGGGCUUUCUGAUUCUCAAAUGAGAAAUAGGCUUCUUUGUAGUCAAACCCAGUGUGUCCCUGGAAGCAGAGCCAGGUUCCUAGAUUUCAAAGGCAUUGCCUCUGAGUCAUAGGCAUAACCCACCCCCUUGUCUAUCCAGAGGGAGCAGUAACUGCAAUCUUGCAGAUGCUAAGCAAGGAAUUGCUUCCUGAAUGGGUUGAAAGAAGGCAAAAGUGUCACGCAAGUUGACAGUGUUUACUGUUAGCUGCCUGGGAAUGAUUCUCAGUCCCCUUUCAUAAUUCCUUCCAUGGGAAGUCUUUACAGGUAUUUUGAGUUAAAGUAUAAUUAAAUUGGGAGUUCUUUAAGUGGGGAGAAAACCUUAUGUGUAAUUAAAAAAACAGCCUCCCCUGUGAUUUGCUUAGAAUCCUCCAUUCAUCUGGGGAGGGGAGCCCAUCAUGUGUAUAUUUCACUAAGUAUAAGUCAGGAGCUCCAUGCUAAUGUUGAAAGGUUUCAAGUAAGAAUGUAAAGACAACCAGAGAUCCGUGCCCUUGUCUAGACAGCUUCUGGGAAGUGAGACACAGCACUGCUCAGUGUGAGGUCUGCCUCAAGUCAGGCACACCUCUCUGGUUAGAAGGGUUUCAGUUUCCGGUCCUUGUCAUCAAGGAAGGAAAUCCAAAGUGUCUGCCCAACUCCAGCCUAGCACAGUCAUAUUCCCCCUCCCCUACUUUCCUCUCCCACCCUCUCUGAGGGUAUUGUGAAAAUUGGUAGAGACUGUGUUCAUUAACAUGUUACUAUACUAUCGAAAAAGCACUGGAAUGCUUGGCGAGAUUAUUUUUCUAUGAAGGAAUAGCUUGAGUUUGGACAGCUGGUAAGAAUAGCAUGAACACCUUGGCAUGGUGAUUGUAUCAACUCAGCCUCACUACACACAGUAUUUGGAAAGGUAGUAGGGGACUUAAUUUUCAUCUUCUUAAGGGGAACAGUUUAAUUAGUUAAGAAAUACAAGAUACACAGGAUGCAAAAAUGUGUUUGCUGUACUAGGCAAAAAAUUAGAGGUGUAAGGCAGGGCCAGCUGUCUACCCACCAUGCAAGGAUGAGAAUUCAUUUCUAGCUCUCAAGUGACUAGAAAAGUUUCCAAGGGAGCCUGUGGGAAUGUAGGAAAACCAGUACCUCGUGGUACCCUUUCCUCUGUGUGCAUACGACACCACUGUAAUCAGUACCCUGUGUAUGUGUCCAUGGCAGACACCCAUCUGUGAAUAUUACUGGUUUGUAAUCUUCUGUUAUAUAAGAGGAUGUCUAGGUUGUACAUACCAGGGUAGAUUGUUGCCUGCCCCUAUACAUAGAAAUAUGCUGCAUAAUUGUGUAUAACUUCCUUCUCUGUUCCUGGCUUGUACACAGAGGAAACUAUUAGUCUUCUGUUUCCUCAUAUACCAAGCUGAAAAUUUUAAAAUCUCAAAUGAAAUAAGCAAUUUCCUAUUCUCACUGCCCCCUCUCACGGCAGCAUAUAAUAGAGGCACAUAUAAAAUCUACAUUCUUUGUUCGUGAGUGGACUUUCGGAUUUUUCUUGUUUCCUUUCAUUUCUUGCCCCCCCCCUUGUUUAUAUGAUGCACUGAGAUGUGUACUUUUUAAUGGGGUUAGUACCUCUGAGACUCAUUAUGCUUCAACAUGACACAUAGCAAGGAGAAUGGAAUACUACGUGUCGCAUAUGUGUUGCCAAUUGUAAUUUGUCUGUGUUAUGAAGGAUGUAAUGGUUUGUCAGCUGUCAUUGUUGUUUUCUGUAACAUGAUAUGGAAUAAAGUAUAGCCGAAUCUGCA